UCCAUCACAGAGUUGUGUUUUAAAAUCAAGUGCCUUACUCCAAUGGCUUCAAUAAGUCUACUUCAAGUUUCUGUAGCCAUGAUCCUUGGCUUUCUUACCCUCCCUUACUUGCUCUUCAAGAAACCUUAUGGCCGGUUCCAAAGGAACUGGCCGGUCCUCCGGAUGCUCCCUGCUCUGCUCAGGGCACUUCACCGAAUCUACGACUACAGCGUUAAGAUUCUCGAAAUCUCUAACUUGACGUUUCCAUUCAAAGGACCGCGGUUUGCUGGAAUGGAUAUGUUGGUCACGGUUGAUCCAGCUAACAUUCAUCAUAUAAUGACCUCAAAUUUCUCAAAUUACAUCAAAGGACCGGCGUUCCAAGAUGUUUUUGAUGUGUUCGGAGACGGGAUCAUCACCACGGACUUGGAGCUAUGGAAGACUCUGAGGAAGUCUUAUCAAGCCAUUCUCCAUCGUCAAGAGUUUCAAAGGUAUUCAAUGAGUACCAUGACACGUAAACUCAAGGACGGGCUUGUUCCCCUUCUUGAUCAUUUUGCAGAGAAAGGAACGACCGUGGACUUGCAAGACGUGUUUGGGAGGUUCACCUUCGAUAUAAUCUUAAUCCUUGUAACCGGUUCUGAUCCUAGAUCUCUCUCCGUUGAACUGCCUGAAGAUGAAUUUGCUAAAGCCCUCGACGAUGUUGGGGAAGGGAUUUUGUAUAGGCAUGUCAAACCAAGAUUCUUGUGGAAGCUGCAAAACUGGGUGGGAUUCGGAGAAGAGAGGAAGAUGACUAAAGCUAAUGCAAUUUUUGACCGUGUGUGUGCAAAAUACAUAUCAGCCAAGAGAGAAGAGAUGAAGAGAUCACAAGGGGUUAUUGAUAUAUCCAAUGUGGAGAGUGAGGAUAUUUUAACUUCCUUCAUAAAGCUAGAUACAACCAAGUACAAGCUCUUGAAUCCGAGUGACGACAAGUUCCUCAGAGACACCAUCUUAACUUUCAUUCUAGCCGGAAGAGACACAACAGCCUCCGCUCUCUCUUGGUUCUUCUGGCUUCUCUCUGAAAAUCCAAAAGUGGUAGCCAAGAUUCGCCAAGAGGUCAUCAACACGGAUCUAUCAAGAACCGGAAAUAGCCAAGAGAAUCUGGACAAGUUGGUGUAUUUACAUGGUGCGUUGUGUGAGGCAUUGAGACUCUAUCCACCAGUUUGCUACGGGCGCAAGUCCCCUAUCAAAUCAGAUGUGUUGCCAAGUGGUCAUAAAGUCGAUGCAAACUCCAAUAUUGUUAUCUGUCUUUAUGCAUUGGGGAGGAUGCGAGCGGUUUGGGGAGAAGACGCAUUGCAAUUCAAGCCAGAGAGAUGGAUUACCGAGAAUGGGGGCAUAAAACAUGAGCCUUCCUUCAAGUUUUUAUCGUUUAAUGCCGGUCCAAGAACUUGUCUAGGUAAGCACAUAGCUUUAAAUCAAAUGAAGAUAGUGGCAGUGGAGAUAUUACAAAAAUAUGACAUUAAGGUUGUCGAAGGGCAGAAGAUUGAGCCAGUUCUUGGUAUUAUACUGUCGAUGAAGCACGGACUUAGAAUCACAGUUACGAAGAGAUGUUUAGCGUGAAAGUAUUGAAAUCAAAUCAUGUUUUGUUUGUAACAAAACUAUUGCAGAAAUAAUUAUGGUAGAGGACUUUAUUAUCAUCUUUUACGAUUUUGACGAAUUGAAUCAUGUAUUCUGUUACUGCAUCGGGAUGAAGUGCCUUUACCUUAUUUUCA